AUGACGGGGCGUACCUCCCUGGUCGCCCCGCUCUCCUCUACUUGCGCCCUGGUGUCGACGACGGCGCACGCGGGGGCGCCGUCUCUGCCGGCGUUUUUCUCCGCCCCGCUUCACAUGGCGCAGCGGCACAAGUCCUUCGCGUCCACGAUCCACGACAUGACAAUCAUGCGCAUGGGGUCCUCGUACAAGCCGGGUACGUACAGCUCCAAGGACGUCACCUCGGGUCCGCAGGCCGGCAUCGGUCAUGACCCUGUCUUCACCAGUUUCUUCUUGAAGAAGAUGGUGGGACCACUGCGGCGCAAGCAGAGCAACUCGCCAGAGGACUUCUUCAAUGUGGACGAAGCUGGCAAGUGGAUGGACGCCAAGAACGCGGCGAAGGUCCUCGGCAUCAAGGAGGAGGCGCUGCCGAAGCUGACCAAGGCGACGCUGGAGGAUGUGUUCAGGAGGGAGUACAAGGGGCGCACCAACGCGCAUCAAGAGGAGGUGAUGAUCGCGACGGAGGUUCUCCUCGAGUACCUCGACUCGUCUGUGUACAUGAAGAAGAGUCGGCAGUACUACCGCAAGUUCCUGGAGAACGCCAGGCUCGAGGUGGAUGCCGAACUGACCAGGGGGGAGCGCGAGCGAAAUGAGUCGCUCAUAUGGUGGUUCAGCAUUGCAAUCACCGGCGCCUGCGCCAUUGUCUUCUUCGUUGCCUACUCCCGAAAGUACGUCACGCGCAGUGACGUGGCCAGCAUCGGCGCCAAGACGUCCGAGUACUUUGUUAUGACGUUCCUGCAGCCGAAGAACACGGAGCCGAAGCCGGACUACAAUACUCGGUACUUCAACACACCCAGCUCAAUGGAGCUGGACAAGAAGAACGGCCGGUACCCUAAGCAGUUUCUGAGCACGGAUGAGAUUCGCCAGGCCGAACGCUCAGCAGCCUACGAGGAGCAAGAAGAGGCUGAGAUGUUGAGGCUGUUUAACGAUGAGCGGGAGCGUAGCGUGCGUGAUCGCCAGGAUGACAAGGCUCGCGAAAGCCGCGUCUCCGUUUACCUUUCUGAAAAGGCCGAGGCGGCGGAGCAGCCUGCGCCAUCACGUGACAGCAGCGACAAGACCGCGUUUGAGAGGUUGACCUUCCAGGAGUUCAGUGGCAUGCUGGCCCGCAACUUCGGCGGCGGCUCACGCUUUCAGCGGCUGACGGAGGAGACGUCGUCGCGCACGGAGCGCUUGAACGCCGCGCGUGAGCGAAUCAAGUCGGCGAACUCGUAG